UCCGCUGAGCUCCGGCUCUCGCUGCACUGAAAGCCCAGCCAGCAGCUCCUCCACACGGCCCGGGACCAGCAGCCUACUCGCCCAGCCUACCCAGCCAGCCUCCUGCACUCCACCCUCCCCGCGGACUCGUCUUUCUGGGGAUUUUUCUGAUCUAUUUCUUUCCAUCAUCUUCUUCUCUUCCUACUGGAGUACCGUUACGAGUUUCCACCAGCGGAUCGGAUCCUCCUCCUCCAGCAGCAGCAGCAGCAGCAGCUCCAUAACCACCAUCAACUUCGAGGCCAAACGCGGGGUUUAGCGGCUGUACAGUUCCUGCUGAUGAUCAUCCGCUGAAUUAACUACUGGUAUCGCUGGCUGUAUAUCAGUAAUAGUAAUAGCUAGUCUGAAUAACUGGCAUUGUUAUUAUUCAUAGCAGCAUCAUGUUGCUGUAACUUCGCUCCCAGCCAAUGCAUCAUCUCAGAGCGGCGCGGAGAUCAUGAUCAUGAUUUAGGGCUUUUGGAUUCAUCCUGAUCUCCAUGUGACUUUGACAUCGGGCCCGCCUGUCUGCCCGCCUGCCUGCCAGCUCUUCCCCCGGCUGGCUGCUCUUCGUCGUCCGGCAUAUUGCACGACAGGUUGUUGCAGAAUGGCACCCUUCCUGGAAGCGGCCCACAGGCUGGGCUGGAUUUUACUGAAGGCACUGCUACGUUUUAUCUUCAUGUUCAUCAAUAAUUGUGUUGCGAUCCCAUCCUACUGCCUGUACUUGAUUGUGCUGCAGCCUUUGAGAAUAAUGGACAGUCAGACUUUCUGGUACAUCGAAGGCGUGAUGUUCAGAUGGUUGCUGGCAAUGGUGGCAUCGUGGGGUUGGUUUGCAGGAUAUACAGUGACGGAAUGGGGGGAUGAUGUAAGGCCCAUAUCUGAAGAUGAAGCGAUGGUCAUUGUAAACCAUCAAGCUACUGGAGACGUUUGCACUCUAAUGAUGUGCCUACAGGACAAGGGCACGGUGGUGCGGAAGAUGAUGUGGUUAAUGGACCAUGUGUUUAAAUACACUAACUUUGGUGUGGUGUCAAUGAUCCACGGAGAUUUCUUCAUUAGGCAGGGUAAAGCCCAUCGAGACAAGCAGCUUGUUUACCUAAAGAGUCACCUGGACAAGUUUUACUACAGCAGGGACAGAAAGUGGAUUGUGUUGUUUCCUGAAGGGGGCUUCCUGCGGAAGCGGCGGGAGACAAGCCAGUCGUUUGCCAAAAAGAACGACCUGCCGUAUUUGACCCAUGUGACACUGCCACGUCUGGGGGCCACUCAGGUUAUCCUGAAGAACCUCGGCCCGCAGCAGGAGAACGGCACACUGGGAACAGACGGAGGACCACCCAAUCAGAGCGCAAAUAAACCUAAAGGACUGCAGUGGGUGGUGGACGUGACCAUAGCCUACCCUAAUGCCCAGCCCAUGGACAUUCAGACCUGGAUCUUUGGCUAUAGACCACCUACAGUUACACAUGUGCACUACAGGAUUCAUGCCAUAAAAGAUGUGCCAGUGGAGACAGAGGCUCUGACAGACUGGCUCUAUCAGAGAUUCGUGGAGAAAGAGGAACUUCUGGCUCAUUUCUACCAGACUGGAGCAUUCCCUCCACCGAAAGGCCAGAAGGAGGCAGCUUCCCGAGAGAUGACCCUCGACCCUGUGUGGCUUUGCGCUGUCCAAUCAUUUGCCUUCGCCUCCGGCUACAUGUGGUACAAAAUCCUUCAGCACGUCUACUGCUGGUUCUUCUCCCUGCUGUGGUGAGGAAGAGAGCAAGCAAGCAAGGGAGGGAAAAGAGAUGGAGGGAGAGAGGGAGCAACGAGGUGAAUAAAGAAGGAAUAAAAGGAAAGGGGCUAUAGCUGCUGACCUUGAGCUGACCUUGGAUCUGUUAAACAGCCCCGGAAACCGUCUUCAAUCAAUGGAUGGCAGGAUGGACGUUUUGCGGAGUGAGGAGGCAGCACAGAACGGCGAACAGCAUCUAACGUUGUUGUAUGAUCCUAAUUCCCAACCUACGACCCGAUUAGAGACACACACAGACAUUCACGUCCACCGCUUAAAUAUGUAGGAAAUAUUACAUCAUGUUUACACUCACACACACACAUACAUACAUACAUACAUACAUAUAUUCUAUAUUAUGCACGUCUAAAUGUUUACUCAUGCACAUGCGGACACACUUUUUUUUGUUUUUUAAUUUUAUUUUUAACUACAAUCAAAAAUUAGGCUCAGGAAUAAGCCAGAUAGAGUUUCUGACAUUUUUACCCUCUUUCUUUUUUCAUGUUUUUUUUUCUGCCAUGGGUAACACUAACCUGCUCUUCUCUUCUUUACAUGGACGUUGUGAGAAGAGCUUCCAAAGGAUGUUUUGGUAUAUAUUUUUUUUCUUCAUUUUCUUUGUCCUCCAUACACUGAAACAGACGAGGGGAGCGCCGCUGUACGUUUCUUCCUCUCCGCGGAUGGUCCUCCGAACUUUCAUUGCACUAUAGAUCCGUGCCGCCUGUCCUGUAUUUGUGGAAACAGCCCUGCCGCGUGCUUCUUUCUCUUUUUUUUUUGUUUAUUCUUUUUUCCACGUUGGUGUUGUUCGUCUCGUGUUUUGUCUGUACGCUUCAAUUUUUCCGUGUCUGUGCGUAGACAGUAUUGCGAGAGCCGACUGAAUUGGUUGUUUACGUUUACACUGGCUGCCUCCAAUCGGACACGGAGGACGCGGAGAUCAGACCUCGCUGAUUAACUGUUGGCCAACUGCUAACUCAGUACAGGGACCUUGUUCAUUACCCUCUACUGCAACACAUACAUUCAUACACACACACACACACACACAACAUGCAGAGACAUCUCAGAACACACUGAACUGCUAAUAGAAAAGCUCCAGAGUAAAAAUACACGCCCUCCCUCACCUUAGUCUAAAUAUAUUUUGGUGUUUUACAGAUAUAAUUAAGCCAUAUGCUUAGUGUCUGAGGGCUCAUGGGGGAACAGAUCCUACCAGGGGGUGAAAAAAAGAAAAGACUCUGACUGAAUAACUGUAAUGUUGAAUAAUGCAGCAUUCUGCAAAGAAAAAUAGGAAAAAAAAAUUGUAAAAAAAAUUAGGCUUACAGGUGUCAUUACUGUAAAUUUAUAACAGCAUAACCUGCCGAAGUGAGUGUGCGACAGUUGAAUUUAUCCUUGUUUUUCUUUUUUUUUUUCUUUUUUAAUUAAUGUUUGAUUGCUGUAUGUUAUAUCAGUGUUGGCAAAAAUCACUGUUUAUUGAUAAAGAUUUUAAUUUGAUUUUUUCCCCCCUCAAUUAUGAUUAUGUGAACUUUUACGUUACGUUCAGUCUUGUACAUAAACGCCAAGGUAGAAUCCAUGUUUGUGACUUUUCGGCAACAUCACCGUCUGUUAAUGUUUUGAGUUGUUUUUAGUUUUGAAAUAUCAUGGAUGUUAAAGAAUGAGGAUAUAUAAAAAAAAUAAGAUAACAGUACACCUCACAUACAUCUGGUGUUUUCUAGAAGUUUCUCUCUCCGUACCUGGGUGUAUUACUACUGCGCUGAACCAUCCUUUUCUUUUUGUUGAGCUAAUUUAGGAACCAAAGCUGUAACGGUCCACAAAGCUUGCUUAACUUGACCAAUGGCUGUAGCCUGUAUGUCUGCUCUGUUACUGCAGUCUGUUAAAGCGGUAGUUCAACAAAAAUAAAAUGUAGAUGAUUUUUUUUCAUCAUUCUGAAUGGAAGGUUAAUCAGCCAAGAAGUUUUAGUUUUACACUGGAGAUACGAGGCUAACAAAUAAUACAAGCUACAGGCCUAUGUGCAUCAGUUAGCAUUGUGCUAAUUUGGAUAUGUAAAACCAUAGAAACCUCUCUAAUAGGUUUACAUGGAUAUCAGACUGGAGCAAAUUAAAUACAAUUUUAUAUAUAUAUAUAUAUACAUAAUAGUCAAGGCAAGACCAUCUCUCCUCUGAAACUAUCACUUGAUCUUUACCUCAAAAACAAGUACAGAGAAUAGAAUCCUGUUUGAAUAAUAUACUAUCCUGUGGAUAGUGUUUUAUAAUUAGAUUAUUAAUAUAAUAAAAAUAUAUCAUACUUUCAUAAUCUUAAGUACAGUUAGAAGAUUUGUUUGUUGAAGAGUUGUUUGUUCUCACAGACUUCUGUGGUUUCUGACAGGUGAAGAAAAAAUAUUUUUUACAAGAACUAUUAAUCAGUCUUGAGUAGAAAUUUCAUAAGGGGUUUAAUAUUAAAGUAUAAUCAAAAACGUACUGUAAUUACAAAAACAAACGCAAUUUAGACUUAGUAGUCAUCAUGAAAGCCUGAAGAAUAGUUGUUUGUGUUUCUGUUCUGCAGGGGGCACUGUUUAACUGUUUAACUGUUUACUCAGACUCUGAGUCAUAGACUGGAUGAUGCAUGUUUAAUUUAUAUUAUUUUAAUCAGUAUUUUACAGUGAGUUUGUUUUUGUUAGCUCCAAUCUGAAACUCAUGCACACUGAAUUGAGAGGUGUAUGGUAAAGGGCUUAUGCAGUGUAUUGUUGCACUCCUGUGUUAGAGGUAUACAGCUUGCGUGAUGCUAAUUUUUGGGGUGUUACUGUAUAGUUUCCAUGACUUGUUAGCUGUGGUAGCUAACCUUAAAACUCCAGUGUAAAACUAAAGGUGAAACAAUUUCACAGACACAUUAAUGGGAGGAAACCGUACAUUUUAAUUCUGACUGAACUAUUGAUUUGAAGUGUUUUUAAUAAAGUUUUUUUUUUUUAUGAUUUAUUAUUGCAAAACUGUUAGGACAGCUGCCUAUUUACAGUAAAUGUAACCACUUUGCUCAUAAUGGAUAAGUCCUGCUUCCAUUGCUGAGGAAAACUGAGACUUUUUCCUGAAACUCAUGAGUGUGUGUGCGCCUUUCCUUUCAUUGUCCCAAGAAAUAGGACUGUAAUAUGAAAGGCAAUGCUCCGAGCCCCUGUGUGCUUGUGACUGUUUUUCGGGGGGAAAACUCUUGUUUUAUUUUGUCUCUACUAAAAGGGAAUUCGGGCACAGUCCAGCAAUAAACUCAGCUGUACAAACCAGUAGAUCAGUUAGUAGAUCCAGACCUGGUCCAGUAAUUGUUAUUUCCUAAUCAUUUUGUGGGAGUAUGUUUUGCUUUUGUUUUGUUUUUGUGUUUGUUCCUCCCCCAGCUUGCUGAAGACUGAAAUGUGAAUGACGCAGGAAAGCUUCACAGGCCUGAAGAUUGCAGAGAGCAUUUGAGGCAGGCUGGGAAACGCUCUGGAACUAACUUCCGAUUCGAGAGAAGAAGAGUCAGGAGUGGCCAGCCCAUGUUCCGUCACUGUCUUUCCAGUGGAGGAGAUGAAGCAAGGGGGACUGUUUCAGGGGAAGGGGAGGGAGGGAGGGGGUGGGUUAGGAAUUUUAACAAAUUACAUUAGAAUGGUCUUUCGUUUUCAUUUUGUACUCCUGUUUCCCCCUCUCUUCCUCGCUACCCAGCCAUUUUACGACACAGAAUUUAAUUGUGCUGGAAUAAAAAUGAUAAAUAUCAAUUA